CCUCUUUCAUCAAACAUUGUCUCUUCGUGGUCUUCUCGAUACUCAGACGACCCCCACGCACGCCCACGCACGCCCACGCCCGCGCCAUGGCAGACGACGAACCCCGCCCCCAGCCCGGCGGCCCAGAGCACGUCAUGGACUUUGCCCCGCUGCACCUCGACCACCCGCCGGCGUCCAAGAAGACGGUGUGGAUCGCCGACCUCGACGUGCACGUAUUUGGGCUCGACGAGAUCCGGGGGAGUGACUUGCCCAUCGGGGUCGUGACCAUCGCGCACGGCUGGGCCAACAAGGCGAGCCAGAUGGACGGCAUGGCGACCGGCGUGCUGGGGGAGAUCCGGCGCCUGGACCGCGAGGCGGGCGGGACGCGGCGGCGCGACGUGCUCGUCGUCACUAUGGACCAGCGGAACCAUGGCGAAAGGAGACGGCAUCGGAAGGGUAACCUCCCGUUUCCUAAGAACCCGCACAGGCUCGUGGACAUGGCGGUGAACAUUACCUCGGGCAUGGCGGACCAGACCUUCAUCUACGACUUCCUCCCCAUCUACCUAUUCCCCCAUGGCGAGCGUGUGAUUGAGGAGUGGAUGCCGUGCGGGCUGUCGCUAGGCGGACAUCAGACAUGGCGCUUGUUGAAGAGUGACCCCCGCAUCCGCCUCGGCGCGCCCAUCAUCUCCAUCCCACCCGAACUCUUUGGCACGGGCUUUUUAUUCAAGUACGGCGAGGCGGCCGGCGCAGUGCCGGCGGCGUACGGGCCAGCACUGGACAGGUUCUACCUCCUCCCCGAGGGCGGGUACGAGGGCAAGAAGAUCUUCUGUCUGUACGGCGAGCUGGACAUGGUUAUUCCUGUCGAGAUUGGGCUCGCGCAGCUGGCGAAGAACAAGGCCAACGCGGAGAGCAAGCCUGGCGGCCUGGUCGAGUCUUACAUCCAGAAGAACCGCGGGCACGUCAUCACCCCCGAGAUGGUCGUGCUGCUUUCCGCCUUCUUCCACCGCCAUGGAUUCGCACGGCAGGCGUAGGGGAGGGAGAGUGGUGCUAGAUGUCGUGUAGAGCGUGUUGUUUGUUGAAUGCGAUGUGUGUCAUGCUUGU